AUGACGACGCGUGCAAUCACAGUGCCGUCGCAGCAACGCAAGACCUUUGGCGGUGAGCCUGCUGUGUCGGACUCGCCUCCGCUGGCGCACACGGGAGGAGUGGCAGGCUCGGCGACGUCAAACAACCCAUAUGCUCCCGCACCCUAUGCUCCAGUCCCUUCGCCCUACGCCGCCCCGUCGCGCCCCUCGCUCUUGAGGACCCCGCCGUCAUCGCUCUCGCUCAACUCGGAGGCAUCCACCCCGGGUACGCUGCACUCGGGCACAGGGCUGCACUCGGGCGGCGCGCUGCUGCCUGGAGAGGCGCCUGCUGGUGCUGGUCCUGCAGGGGGAACGCUCCCGGUGUAUGCCGGUGGCUACGGGACCAUCGGGGCUCAUCUUCGUGCGCAUCUCAAGCUCUCCGACUCGGACGGGACGCUGCAGUACAUGGACGACGAUGGCGUGCCCAUUCUUGCGCACGCAAGCAUGCUCUCGACGAUUAUCAACUUGACCAACACUAUCAUGGGCUCGGGUAUUCUCACGCUCCCCUUUGCGCUCCGCUGCGCAGGCUGGGGCGGUGGCAUGGGCAUCCUCACCUUUGCCUGCCUCAUGUCCAUCUGGUCCUUCUGGGUCCUCACUGUCUGCGUCCAGCAGACCGCCAAGUUCUCGUUCCGUGGCAUGGUCGAGUCUGUUCUCGGUGAGCGGACUGGCUUUGUCACCCAGGCGCUCAUCAUCGGCUACACCUCGUUUGCCUCGAUCGGCUACCUCGUCCUGCUCGGCGACUUUGUUACCUCGGCGCUCGGCUACUGGCUGCAUCCGGACUCGAUCCUUCUCAACCGCCGGCUGGUCAUUGCCGCCAUGGGCUGCAUUCUCCUCCCCUACGCCCUGCUCAAGAACCUGCACGCCCUGCGCCACACAUCGUUCUUUGGUGUCGCAGCCAUCCUCUACGUCGUCUUUGUCGUCAUCUUUCAGUUCUUCAGUCAGCACUCGGGCGAGAUCUCAAAGGCUGACGUCGAGGUUGUCAACGCCACACCACGCUUCUUCCUCGCCUUUCCGCUCACCGUCAUCUCGUUCACGGCCCAGUUCAAUCUGCCGGCAUUUUAUCGCGAGCUCAACAACCGCUCACCGCGGCGCAUGAUGAUCUGCGUCAUCGCCACCCUUGUCCUCUGCUUUACGGUCUAUGGUUCGGUCGCCAUCAUCGGCUACUUUACCUUUGGCACGAACACGCUCUCGGACAUUCUUGAGUCGUACCCACAAAAGUCCAAGCUUGUCCUCGCCGCCCGCCUCGCCAUGUCGGUCAACAUCCUCUCCACCUACCCGCUGGUUAACCACGCGCUCCGCGAAAACGUUCUCGACCUCUUUGUCGAAAAGUCCAAGCACUCGUUCCGCCUUCUCUCUAUUAUUUCCGUCGUGACCACGCUGCUCUUUGCUGGCAUUGCCAUUGUUGUGCCCAACAUCGGCGUCGUCGUCGACUACAACGGCUCCAUCAACGGCGUCUCCAUCGUCUACGUCAUCCCGGCCGUCGCCUACUGGGUCAUCACCCGCCGCUCGUCGGCCUCGUCGCUGCAGCGCGGCUUUACAUGGGUCGCUGCCGCCGUCGGCGUCGUGUGCGGCCUGCUCGGCAUUGUCUUUACCACUCUCAACCUCGUCGACGAAUCGCUUCUCGACAAGUAACGGAUGCCUCGUUUCACUAUUCCGGCGGCAGAAACGUGUCAAGCAUGUUGACGAGGUCGUUCACCGCUGCGCUGAACACGUGCGGCCGGGUCCCGCGUGGAUUCUUGGCCAAGCUCGCCACGUCCUCGAUGAGGUCCUUCGCGAUGAGCACAGCCUCCUCCUCGGCCUCGCUCGACUGCAUACACAGUGCCUCGAGCGCGUUCUCCAAGCUCUCGCUGAGCUUGUCGAUCCAUCCCGCAAUUCUCGCCGCAUUGUCCGUCGCCUCCUCCAGCUGAUACACAAUGUACACGACGUCGAUGACAACAUCGACCACCGCGUCCGGAUCCUUGCUCUCGCCCGCAAGCUCAACCGCAAGCUCAACCGCCCGCUCCAGCCCCGGCACAAUGUGGUUGUCCACGUACGCCCACAGCGCGAGGCCAGACACAAAGUCCGCGAGCUUGUGCGCAAUUCUCGACGCAAACACAAACGCCAUCCCUGACUGCUGCCGGAUCAUCAGUGCUUGUAGGUACGCCUCCAGCACUCGGAUUGAGAGCAGAGUGUGGGCUUGGACGCCCGACGAGUCGACAAGAUCCACCACAGCGUCUGCCCAGUUGGGCGUGUCCAGCGCCAGACGCAGCGACCGCUCCAGCUUGAGUUGUGAGACCACAAACUUGGCAGACUCGAGCGCUCCCGACAGUGCCACGGUGUGCUUGGCCACCUCGGUGUCGUCGGCCGCGCGAAAACUGCGCGGCGACACGGCACCCGCC